UUUCAAGCCCUCUCUCGUCGACCAAUGAUUUUGCUCAUAUUUUGGGGGAGUGUUGUUGAUUUCGUUACGUCAUCACCUCCUUCGUGUAAAUAACAAUCCAUCCAGAUCAAGAUGUCGACGACGUCUGAUGUUUAUUAAUAAUGCGACGCAAACACAUUCUACUUUAUACCAUUUAUCUAUUUUAAUGUCUUCUGUUAUAAAGUGAAGAUCAAUUAUAAAAAAUAAUGCCACCAGGAGGUGUAAUGCGACAAAAGGCAGAUCAAAAAUCUAUGAAGGAAAUAAUUCAUAGUGGUCAUUUUAUGGUAUCUGAUAUCGACGAUCCAGAAGUUCAGGAUGGAGAUGAGAGCCCAUCAUUAGUUGUUCAUGAAUCAGAUUGUGAUCAGGAAUCCUUGCCGUUACCUUCUAAAGGAUUUGAUUUCGAAACAGCGUGCCAAGAGACUUCAAAAACAUACACUUUUGGGUCACGAAGUACUCACUCAAUAUCAAUUGAUGCAUCUCUAACAAAACUUUUCGAGUGCAUGACACUAGCUUACAGUGGGAAAUUAACUUCACCAAGAUGGAAACAAUUCAAAGGACUCAAACUUCGUUUAAAAGAGAAGAUACGACUAAACAAUAUGAUUUGGAGAGCUUGGCAUAUGCAGUUUGUAAUGAGGAUAAAAACAGACAAAUUAUGUCAGUUUGCCACACCUUUAGAUGGAGAUACUCAUAUGAAGGCAGAGGCUGUUGUUAUCGAAGGAACUUACUGGAAGAGGAGAAUGGCUAGCAUUACGGCAGAGUAUCAGAAAUGGAGACUAUUUUACAGGGAAAAAUGUAGACUAAAAUCAAGUUAUGAAGCUGAAAAUAUGGAUUUUGAUUUUGAAACAAGAUGGCCUUCUUGGACCAAAGACCCAUAUUCACCUCUACAAAGUGCCAUGGACGAAGAUUUUCUAAUGGAUUUUACUGAUACCUUAUUUACCAGUUUCAAUCCAAGCCAACCAUUUGAUUUUCCUAAUCCGAGGGAAAUUGCUGCUAGAGCUAGUAUUGCUGAUUUUAUUCAACCAGGACUUGUUCAGUUGCAGCCUCCUGUUGAUGAUAUAAUGGAUACUCUAGAACCCCUUUCAGAUCUUUUCACAGAUUUUUUAAAUGCAAGACUUCCUCCUCUACCAGAAGAGAAUACAUUCAAUGGUGGUAGUUUACAAGACAUAGGUUCGUCUACAGUUGAGCAGCAGGAUUAUUAUGGUAAAUCACCAUUUUUUCAAAAAGGCUACAAUGUUUUCAACUCCUACAGUUCUCAGUUUUCGCCAAAUUUAUCUUCAAAACGCAGUUGUACAUUCAAGAAACCAGCAGUGCCAUCAGCCAUUAAGCAGUCUCCCCAGUCUUAUAUAGCACCAUCUUCGUUCUCAGCAAAAAGAUUGGUUGAAAACAUCACUCCUAGCAAUGAAAGCAAUGCAAUAUUAUCAAAUAAUGUGCCUUUAAUAUCUUCUACUCAACCGCCAACUCAAUCGGACUCUAUGCAAAAUUUUCUCUGCAAUACAGUGCCGAAUCAACCCUCUCAAAACUCUAGUAUGGAGUCAUUGUUACAAAGUGGUUUAGGAACUGAUGUUACAACUUUGCAAUCCCCUCAGCCCCCUGACAGUUUACAAGCAUUGCAAGUGCCAUCUUCUGAUCAUAUAGUUAAUAAGAGAGAACAACGUAUGAAUCAGUUCUUCCAGCAGCCUUCUUUUAUUUCGAAAUCUUUAGAUGAAACUGAUUUAUCCCGGCAACAUUUGCCACAACCCUCUUCCACGAUGCAAGUGCCUUUAGAAACUAUUCCUCAAGGUCAUGUGGUUAAUAACUUAGUUUCAAACUCCAAUUCCAAUGGCACAAAUAAUGGAAAAGCUCCAUUUUAUUAUUCAGUUGUUAACCAAAUGAACCAGACUCCUGUAGCAAAUAAUUUUAAGAAUCAGAAUCAGGUUACUAUUGCAAGCAAUACUUAUCAGACUCUACAGCCUGUUUCUGUAGCAACUAUUGUGAAACAGACGCAAGCUGAUGUAACUUUUACGGAAAAUUCAGCAUAUAGGAGACAUUCUUACUCAACUGUACCCCAGCAUGCACAAAGUUCUGGAGAUUAUAUGGGUACCAGGCGGAGCCGACCUAUUGCACCUGCAAUUACCAAUGCAAGCUUUGCUGUUCCUGAGGUUCCUUCAAACAGACGAGCAAGAUCUCGCAGUGUAUCCUCUCCACAGUCUGGAAGUCCCAAAUCCUUUUUACAGCAACCAGCACAAGCAGUUUCAUUGACUGAUAUUAGUUCUCCUUUACAAACAGUUAUUACUGCUGAUUCAGGAAAAAGGCCAAUAAUUCAGAGCUCAUUGGGACAAGGUGUAAAUAUUUCAAAUUCUAAUGUGCUGCAACAAAAUCUUCUUGCUCAUCUUUUAUCUUCAGGUUGUACUCAACAAGAUCUUGGACAAACUUUGCUCAAAGUCGCUAGUGCGCCCACUACAAAUGCUACUUCUUCUGUUACAAUUAUUAGACCCAUUCUGACUACCACUGCUCCUCAAACAUUGGUUUUCUCCCCUCUUCCAAUGUCUACAAUAAGUUCUUCCAAUGUAACUGAUCUACAAAGAAAUAUUCUAGUUGGAGGUACUAAUCAAAUUCUUUGUAAACAAGAUUCACCACCUACCUGUGUUCUUUCUACUCCUGAUAGUCCAGGGUCUUCAACAUGCAGCUCAUCACCAGCUAUAUCUACUAUGUAUGAUACUAAUUCUUCAACGAAAUCUGUUAGAGUAAAAUCUCCUGAGGAGAAAAAUCAAUAUAAAGAACAUCGCCGAGUAUGCCAUAUAAAUGCAGAGCAAAAGAGGCGUUGCAAUAUCAAGAAUGGCUUUGAAUCUCUGCACAAUCUUCUUCCAGCCCUUGGCCAAACUCCAAACUCUAAAGUUAGCAAAGCAGCUAUGUUACAAAGAGGGGCUGAAUAUAUUCGCACAUUAAAAGUGGAAAGACAGCAACAAAUUGAAGAAGUUGAACAAUUGAAAAAAAGAAUUGAAGAGUUGAAUCAAGCUAUUAAUUUAUAUCAAAGUCAAUUACCUGCUUCUGGUGCUCCAGUUCCUUGUCAGAGAACAAACAGAAUGAAGGAAAUGUUUGAUGAAUAUGUUCGUCAGCAAACUCUUCAAAAUCCUAAAUUUUAUAUUUUCAGUUUAAUUGUUGGUAAUUUAGUAGAUUCAUUUAAUAGCAGUGUAUCAACUGCUAGUGUGGAAGAAAUGUGUAAAUCUAUUGGAUUAUGGAUGGAUCAGCAUUGUUCUUUGGUUUCCCUGAGACCUAAAGUAUUAAAUGCACUUCGUCUCCUGAGCACAACUACAAGUAUACUGUCUGAUCCAUCUAGAGUACCGGAAGAAGCCAUUCAAGCUGUAACAAAAAAGGAAAGUAGACAGUGAUUAAAAAUAUUUCUUGUGCAUCUAUCAUGUCUCAGGGGUUUGUUUUUAUAUUUUGAUUGAAUUUUAUAUUGUUUGGAAAUUGGUUAUGUGUGAUUUUGAGCUCAUUUUAACACUUAGUGCUAAAUUCCAUUAUUUUUCUAAGUCAUUGCAUAUAACUUAUUUCAAUGCAUCUAGCGUAAGUAUACUCUGAUAGCAUACAUUUUCAAAAUCAAGAACUCAGUUUUGCAUAUUUAAAAAGCAUGCGUUUUUAGAAAAUUAAACUCCUGGUGUUAUUUGCAAUAUUAGAUAAUGUUAAAGUUGAAUUUUUAAAAUGAAUAUGUUAAGCUUAUGAAAGUUAAUAGGGACUUCCAAAAAUAACGGGUAAUUUGAAAAAUCAAUUAAAUAAAUACAGGGAUAUAAAAAUAUGUGGUUUGAUGAAUUCUGUUUAGAAAACUAAAGAAUUAAUUCUCCCUAAGUUUCAAAAUUAAUUUCAAAGUUAGUAAACAGAUGGCACUGGUGGCUGAGGAAAAUCAUAAAACUAUAUUUUUCUCACAACUACGAUUUGCAACAACAGCACUUUGCAGCCUGAGAACAAAGUUAACAGCAGCAUAUUUUUCUCAAAUUUGUCUACCAUAAGUUUUUUAGACCACUAAUUGAAUACCUAAGUGGUCCUAAUGGGUCACUAAAUUUCCAUUGCUGGUGUAAACCCUAGAUACAACUAAUCCUGAAAUGAGUAAAUACUUUUCUUGACAAGUUCACUCAUAGAUUAUCAAUUCCCCACAGAAACUUGUAGGAUGCAUUUAAUGUAUAACAGCUGUGAUGUAAUAAAAUUGUAUUGUCUUUCCAUUUUGUAAAGUAAGAACUUUUUCUUGGAUGCACUUCACUCUUUAAUGUGAUAUUUUCCCCUCAUUCAUCUAACGUCAUUAAAAUCUUGGAAUUAUAAAAAGAGCAAAUUUUAGUUUUUGUAUCUUAACUCUCAUCAGUCAUCCUUCCAAACAGUGUUUCCUUUUCCUUUUUCCGUCAGUGACAGUCUGUUUCAAAUGUUUUUUUAAAAUUUACUGAUGGUUGAAAAUUUAGCUCAGAAAAAAACAAAUUUGAUGAAUUUAAAUUGCUUUGAAUCAAAGCAAGCUAUUAUGAAUUUUGAUGUACAUGUAUGUGUCUGUCAUGGAAUUGGGGACUGUUGUCGAAAAAUGAGCUCAAAGCUUUAAAAGCUAUAAAUAUUGCAUGUGAUAUUAUGUGUGUUUAGAGUAUAUAGAUUUAUCACCCAUCAUCCUGCCAUCUAUUGUUUUUUUUUCUGUCGGCAUUUGAUAGUCAUUUUGUACAUAGAUCUGUGUGCCAACAUUCUAAAUAUAUAUGUUUAAACACUAUGAAUUAUUUGAUUUAUAUGCAAAUAUUUUUUAUCCUGCUCAAAUUGUUGAUGUUGAGUGUCGUUUUUUUAUUUUACUGAAGUACAAUACUGUUUUUAAUUCUGUAUGUUUAUAUCGUGUUCGUUUAUGUCUAAUAUUAGAUUUUAUUGCCAUUAAGUUGAAUAUUGUCUGUUGUUUGAAAUGGAAGUCUUACACAAUGAUACCAUUGUAUAGUCCGAGAAAUGUUUUUAAGAUGUUGAUAUAAGUUUGUUAUGUUUAUUAUGAGAUGAUAUAUCAUUAUAUUACUUGUUACAAUACCAAAGAAUUAUGAAAAUUUUGUAUUCAGAAAGAUAUAUCCUUUAGGAUAUGUUAUUGUAACUUAUUAGUUUUAAUAAUGUAAAGACUUAUUUGUUUUUAUACAUAGUUGUAAAAAUAUCAGCUAUAAAUUUAAAAAUAUUUUGCAGUUUGUGGCAUAUAAUAUCAGAAACUGACUUUAUAUCAAAUAUAUAAUGAAUUCUUUUUAUUUUCUGAUUUCUUUUAAAGCUUAACUAAAUCUUUCUUAUCCAUGGUCUGUUUCAUCCCUUAUAUUAAAUCUUUAUCUUUUAUACUAAAUGUAUGAUUAAUUCCUUUUUUUUUCUUUUCUUUAAAUAAGGUUUCUCAUAUUAUAGUCAUCUUAUCUAUGGAAAAGUAUAUUUCUCUUAAUGUUUAGUUGUAGGCUAAAAGAGGAGUGAGAAGCAAAUUAUCUGCGUUUACUAUGAAGUCAACAUCUUUAGUUUUGAAAGCGCUUUUUUUCUGGGUUUGAUAAAAUUGUACGAGGAAUGCAAAAUUGAUGAUUGCAUUUCGGUGUAAUCUUUCUAGAAAUUUUCUUAAUUUUAAAUUUUCUACUUAGUUUUGUUUUUUCCUCACAAAACUAUCAAGUGACUCAUUUAUUGUAAUUAAAUUUAUAAAUAUGAUUAACUUUUUAGCAUAUGCUAUGGUAUGGUGAAACUUCAAAAAAUUAUUACUAUUUUAAUGAAUUGAAAAAGUUUUUUUACUAUUAAAAUUGCUUUAUAAGGAGGAAAUUUUAGUCAAAAGAAAAAAAAAUGCUAUUGAAAUUACUUUGAAUUAUCUUUUCUUGUGCAUUAUUAAUCUUUAGAAAUAUAUUAUAGUUUCAUGAAAAAUUCUCCCUUCAUUUUUUAAAGACUAGCAUUGUUUACAUUUAUUUCAGACUUUCCAAUUUGCAUUAUUUUUAAAUAGUAUUUAUAAAUUUAUGUAAAUCCAUUCUGAAUCCUUUUAUAAAGAAUUAAAUAAUAAUAAUAAAAAAAUAAAUAAUUAAAUCUAGGGAUAAAAUAACUAAAUUGAUCCAAGAAUUCCUCAAUUUGUUAGAAACAUCCCAAUAAAUUUACAUUGGAAAAACACAGCAUCUUUUACUUGUUCCCCUUAAGUCUAAAGUUUUUUCUUAUAUCCUUAAUAUUGGAACAUAAUAUUAGAACAUAGUUUUUUAAUGUUUAACAUUGUUGCACCUUUUUCAACAUACAAAGUUUUAUACUUUAGACCUAUUCAUUAAUUUUUAUUCUUCAAAUUAUGCACAUUAAGAAUACCUUUCCUCUGAAAAGCAUUAAGAAAGAAAGGACAAUUUUUUAAAAAACAUUGAGACCUUGCUAUGAGUCAUAAAAUUCUUUUAAAGUGUUUUUCUAGUAAAAAUGAACAAAGGUCUCAAAAAUUUAGAAAGACAGGUACAAUAGCAAGUAAUAUUACCAGUGCCAAGACAUGCUCAUGAUGGUACUCUCUGUAGUUUUGGAAUUUGUUUAUUUGUGCUAUAUAUAUUGUUUUUUUUAACCUUAUUUCACUACCAACAUAAAGAUAACCCUAUUUCAUUUGGAUAUUGUGUUUUGCUUUAUUAAUACCUACACAUUUAUAGUAGAUACAUAUAUUUAUGUUUUUCAAUAUUUCCUUUAAAUGUUUUUAUAACAAAUGUAUCAAUUUUAUUGUUAAUUGAUUUAAACUAUGUGUAUUGAUUGAAAUAGAUGCUCAAGUUUUGAACAUUAUAUUUUAAACAUAUUAAAAAUUAAGCUGCUAGAUGUAUUAAAAAUGACCAAUAGUGCAAAAAAUUAAUUAAAGAUCAAAUUAAUUAGAUAAAUAAAGGUGAUAGAAAUGUACUGUACUGUAAAGGUAUAUGUACUGUAAAGGUAUAAAAAUGUAAUGAUAGAAAUGUUUGCUGUACCAGAAGGAACCAGGCUUUUUUAUUAUUAGUAAGUUCACCAAAAAAAAANAAAAAAAAAAAAAAAAAAAAAAAAAAAAAAAAAAAAAAAAAACGGUGGUUCUAACUGUAAAAGCUUUUAUUUCCUUUUUCUUUCUUUCUAAAUCCCAAUGUGGCAUGGUUUAUGGCAAAAGCUAACAGAUAACCAUGCAAAUAUUUCAAUUUGAAUGGUCUGGCAUGUAUCUGUAAACAUUGUAUUCUAGUUUUUUCAGUCAUUAGUAAUCUCUGUUGAUGAAUUUCGUAAUUAACUUUGUUGAUAUAAAUUUCAUAUUUUUUUGAUAGUAUGCUAGAUAUAUUUGUUUCAUUUGAUUUUCCUAAUUGUUGGUCAUUUUUUAUUCAUUUGGGGAAAUAGAUUCAAUAAAUGUUUCAUUAUAGCUUUUUUUUUUACUAUUGAUGUUAUUCAUAAUUUUGCAACUUAUAUUUAAUUAACAUUUUCGAAUAUUAAACAUCAUUCACGGAACAUAAUUUACAAAUAAGGUUACAAUGCAAUUUAUUUAGAGUUGUGUCAAAUAUUCAGCAAAUUAGCAGUAUAUCGUUUGAUUAUAUAAAUGUUUCUUUUUUAUCAUUGUUCUGUAAAUUAGUUUAUGUGAUGUAAAUAAAUUUUAUAUUGUAGUGCUUUUAUCUGUUGUAUAAAGAUAUAAAGACUUGUAAAAAAUAUAUAUGUACAGUACGUGUGUGAAUUGCAAUUUAAUCACUUAACUCAGAAAAUAAUAUUUUUUAUGGAAGUCUGAAUUGCGAUUUUCUUCUUCUCUUACAUUUUACGUGAGAAUUAAAUGUAGUUAAGUAUAUUUUAUAAUAAAAUUGUUCUAUUUGUAGAUGUUUUAUUUUUGGAAAAAAAUUAUAGAUUAAAAUUUAAUAUGCCUGAAACUAUUUGAAUAUAUGACUUUUUUCCUCAUAUAUUUCUAUAUCCUAGUCAUCUAUUGAGAGAAGCUAUAAUACUUUGAUGAAUUUGUUAGAAAAAAACUAAAUAAAUGUUUUAUAUUAUUAGAAUUUUUUUUUGUCCAAAAUAUUGUUUAAUUUUCUCUGGGUUUAGAUCAGAAUUAUUGAAAUCAGAACUGUAAGUUUGAGUUUUAUUAUAAAUGCUUAUUUUUAGGUGCUCUCUAU